GUAACCCAAGUACUACCUUUCCAUCUCCCUACACUACACUUCCAGCGGAAUUGCUCUGUUUUGAGAGUUGCAAUGGCUGCUCAGAACUUCCCCACACCUAAACGAGCUUCUGUUUUGCUUCUGCUCCUCGCGUUCGCCUUUUCCUUUACUGGCUCCUACGGGGACUAUGGAUGGCAGAGCGGCCAUGCCACAUUCUAUGGUGGUAGUGAUGCAACGGGGACGAUGGGAGGAGCUUGUGGUUAUGGAAACUUGUACAGCCAGGGCUACGGCACGCUCACUGCUGCACUCAGUACUGCCCUCUUCAACAAUGGCCUGAGUUGUGGCUCCUGCUACGAGAUGAAGUGCAACGACGACCCCAAGUGGUGCCGGCCGGGCACCAUCACGGUGACCGCCACCAACUUCUGCCCGCCGAACUACGCCUUGGCUAAUGACAAUGGCGGGUGGUGCAACCCUCCCCUGCAGCACUUCGACUUGGCCGAGCCUGCUUUCCUGCAACUUGCCGAGUACAGAGCCGGAAUUGUUCCAGUAGCAUUCAGAAGGGUUCCAUGCUUGAAGAAAGGAGGAAUAAGGUUCACCAUCAACGGCAAUCCUUACUUCAACCUGGUGCUGAUCACCAACGUGGGUGGCGCAGGGGACGUCCACGCCGUGGCCGUAAAGGGGUCGAGAACAGGAUGGCAGCCGAUGUCCAGGAAUUGGGGACAGAACUGGCAGAGCAACUCCCACCUCCAAGGUCAGUCCCUCUCCUUCCGGGUCACCACCAGCGACGGCAGAACGGUCACCAGCUACAAUGCAGUGCCUGCAAAUUGGCAAUUUGGCCAGACUUUUGAAGGUGCCCAGCUCUAGUACUUAGAAAAUACAGACAGCGAAGGAGUUCGAAGUCAUGGCCGUGAAAGCUGAGGUGGACUGUUACCGCCCGCUCGGCCAUAUCUGUUACAGACACUUAAAACAUACAUAAGCCAUUGUUUCCAUCUUACAAGUCCUCGGCGCUUGUAGGGAGAAGAUGAGAAUCGUGCAGUUCCAUAUAAUGCUAGCUCUCUUAUCGCAUAUACCAAUAUAUUCUUGUAUCA